AUGAAAUGUCGCGUUUGUGGUGAUGCCCGUGCCGGACGACACUACGGAACAGUUGCCUGUAACGGUUGUAAAGGAUUCUUUCGUCGAAGCAUAUGGGAACAAAGAGAAUAUAACUGCCGUUUCGGUGGAAAAUGUCGUGUCGUUCAAGAGUAUCGCAAUCGGUGUCGUGCAUGUCGUUUAAAAAAAUGUUUUGACGCUGGUAUGGAUGCAAGAGCUGUUCAAAGCGAACGAGAUAAACAUAAGAAGAAACGUCUACGAGAUUCGCCACCGAUUGGAGAGUUAAGUCCAACCUUAAGUAGCUCAGGAAAUGACGUUGGUUUUUUAAUAAAACUCUUUUCUGAAAAGCUGAGAAUGGAAUUUCAGGAACGAAUAUGUGAUAAUAUGCGAGAUCCGGAUUUGAAUGAAGAAAAUGUUUCAGAAAAAUUUGAGUCGCUAUGUAGGGUUGAUGUAACAAUCGAAAAUGCUUUACGACAACCAGGACUUGUUGCAAAAAGAACUCCGCCUCGAUGGACAGCUGAACGUUUGACAACAACAGACGAUGUGCAUAUUGGCUGGUGUAGAUCCUUUGUGCUUUGCGUUGACUGGGCAAUGAUACUGGACGAUUACCAGUCGUUGUCAGUUGUCGAUCAGUACACAUUGUUGCGCAACCGUAUUGUAUCGGUAAACUGGUUAUGCCAUUCUUAUAAAACGUUUAAAGCUGGUUGUGAUGGUGUAGCACUUGUCAAUGGUGCAUACUAUCCUCGUAAUAAAGCCUUACAAAAGGAUAUAUGCAUUCAAUACUUUCGUUCAUUGAGCGAUCAUUUAAUGGAGGAUGUGGUAUUUCCAAUGAGGGAACUUAAAAUGGAUGAAGGAGAAUUUUGUUUAUUAAAAGCACUUAUUUUAUUUACAGUUGAUCAUCGUUUAAGUGAUGCUGGUAAACGUCAUGUACAAAAUGUACGAGAAAAAUACAUCGAAGGUUUAUAUGAACAUGUUUUGACGCAACAUGCCGAAUUUAGCCAAUAUCAAGUUAUGAAUCGUGUAACAAAACUUCUUUUGCUUCUUCCAAGCAUAAUGCACCUUUCUCAACAGGAAGACGAUACAGUACAGUUUUUGGGCUUAUUUAACAUCGCCAAUAUGAGUGGUUUGCCAUUUGAAGUUCAUUCCUCAAUUAAAAAGCGACUUUUGGCCGAAAUGGAUAGCAAUGGUAGUGAAGGAACUUAA